AUGUCGUCCAACAGCACUCUUCCAGAAACAGUCCAGUCACCAUACGGCUACGUUCCGACAGAGGCCGUUUGCAUCGUCUUCAUCGCCCUUUUUGCCAUCUCUGGCGUUCUCCACCUUGGGGAAGCUAUCAAGUGGCGAACAUGGUGGAUGAUUCCAACCAUGGUCCUUGCAAAUGUAGGGGAGGUCAUCGGAUGGUCAGGACGUUUAUGGAGUUCGAGAAACCCUCCUCUCCUGGACCCUUUCCUCAUGCAGAUCAGCUCUACUAUCAUCAGUCCUUCCUUCAUGUCCGCAGCCAACUUUACUAUCCUGGGUUUGAUCAUCAAGAAAGUGGGCUCUCAAUAUAGUUGGCUAACGCCGCGAUGGUAUUUGAUCAUCUUCGUCACCUUCGACGUCGUCUCUUUGGUCGUACAGGCGAUUGGCGGCGCUAAGGCUAGUGGUCUGGCCUCUAGACACGAAGAUGCGGACCCUGGAGCAAAGAUCAUGCUUUACGGCAUCAUAGCCCAAAUGAUCGCUAUUGUCAUUUACUCUUUGCUCGGAGCCGAAUUUAUCACUCGCUUCAUCCUCAACAAGCCUGUAAGGGCAAUUCCUGCCAAGGAUGGAAGCUUUGAGUCGUUUGACGAAAAGGCGAAUGGCCGCUCGGCACUCGACAAGGGCACCAAACUCAUGUUGAUUGGUCUUGUCAUCAAUACCCUCUUCAUGCUCGUACGAAGCUCGUACAGGACGGCCGAGUUGCUGGAUGGUUGGUCAGGCAGUAUUAUAACCAAUCAAGCCCUUUUCAACUGGCUGGACGGGAUGCCGAUUACAGUUUGCACCUAUACCUUUAAUGUCCUUCACCCCGGAUAUCUACUUUUGAAGGCAUCAAAACUCGACAACUAUUCGGCAUAG